AUGACGAAGAGACUGACCCACAAUGAUUAUUUGGUGGCCUGGAUAUGUCGAGUUGGAAUUGAACUCGAUGCAGCUGUGGCCAUGCUGGACCAUGUCCACCAAUCUCUAGAGCAAGGCGCGACCGACCGCAACGUCUAUAACCUUGGAGAUAUCGCUGGACACAACGUGGUCAUAGCCGGACUAGCCCAGGUUGGCAAUCCACAGUCUGCAUCAGCUAUCUCCUCGAUGAAAGCUACAUUCCCGAACCUCGGUUCCGGGCUUCUAGUUGGAACCGCUGGAGGUGUGCCCACAAGGACGGAUCAGGGCGAUAUUCGACUAGGUGACAUCAUCGUUAGCAAGCCCACUGCCUCACAUCCAGGUGUCGUACAAUAUAGCCAAGGGACAGAUGGCCAUAAUCGAGUCCAACAGACUAGGACUGUUCAACCUCCACCAGGUGGGAUUCUGCGUGCUGUCCAGCAAGUGAACGCCAACUGGAAUAUGCGUGAUGGUCCAAUCAGCACGAACCGCAGAUCAGACAACUUACCUCAGGACUAUGCAUUUCCUGGACGACAUCGUGAUCUCCUUUUCGAUCCAGGCUAUGUCCACCGACAACCCGGUCUAUCCUGUUCGGAGGGUGGCUGUGAUCUUGAAUAUCUAACGAAUCGAGACCCAAGAACAGGGGAAGGGCAAUCUGGGCGAACAGUUGCUCACCUAGGAACAAUCCUGUCGGGCGAUUCAAUAAUUCAGAACGCAUUGACAAGGGAUCAUCUAGCUGGGACACUAGGCGGCUGUUGCUUUGACACUGAGACCAUUGGUGCUCUCUCUGAGCUACCCUGUCUUGUUGUUCGAGGGAUUGCCGACUACUGUGAUUCUCACAAACAUGACGAAUGGCAGAAGUAUGCCUCUGCAACUGCGGCCACCUACGCAAAGGAGAUGCUUCGCAAUGUUUCCCCGCGUGAAAUGACGAAGUAA